UUUCCCACUAAGAAACAUCUCUCUCUCUCUCUCUCUCUCUCUCGAAUGGAGCCACAAAUCAAGCCUACCUCCAAUGGAACGCAAGAUGUUGUUGCAAGCCAUGGAUACAACAAUUCAAGAUCCACCUUUGAUGGAUACAACUUUAGACCAUCAUCAUCAUCACCACCAUCAUCAUCAAAAUUUCUAUCAAGCUCAAGGAUUCAACUAGCAAUACUCAUCCUCAGAUCAACUACCUUGAUCUUAACUUUCAUCGCCGCAAUUGUGAUGGGCACGGGGAAGGGUAGAACCAGAGUCUCCGUCACUGACCCUAUCACCAUGAAGACUGCAAAUUUCAUCGAAACGGUUCGAGCAAAAUACUCCUCUGCUCUUGUGUACUUCGUAGUGACAAACGUGCUCAUGUUCCUCUACUCAGCCUCAUCACUCGCAAUACUCUUCCUCAUCAAAGAAACCUCAAGAUACAUCCAACUGUCCUUCGCAAUCUCUGAUGUACUGUUCCUAAUCCUUCUCUUCUCGAACAACGGAGCCUCAAUCACAACAAGCUUAACAAUGGAGAAUGGAAACACAGAGUUGGGGUGGAUAAAAAUAUGCGAUGCUGUCAAUACCUUCUGUGCUCACGUUACGGCUGCAAUUGUGUUGUCCGUGUUCGCGUCGAUAGCACAUCUGGUGAUAGUUUUGUUGGAGGUAAUUGGCAUGCAUGUAGGAGACUAGAUGUGAAGAUUUAAUGUGGUUUUUGUAUUUGAGCUUCAGAUGUGCUUACAGCUUUUGCUUGUGUAAAGGAAAUAUUGAUAUAUAGUAUGUAUAUGAUGGAGAAUAGGGACCAGCAGAGACAAUCUGUAAAUGUUAGAGAAACUGCAAAAAA